AUGUAUCCUUUGCUGAGGAGUACAAUUCAUAUAUUGGAACACAAGUCGCGCUUGUUGAAUUGGUUCUCAAGAAUUAUUAUUGAUGAUUUUCCCGAACUUCAGAAUAAUGUCGUGGUGAAAUGGAUGGUGCACAUUAUGAAGAUUUGUCGCUCUCGCUUUAUGAAAUUUGCUUCUAAUCACUUGUCUUUGUAUCCAAACCAGAAGCUAUGUGUUCUUCCCAUCAUGCUCGAGGUGAACAUCAUUGUACCCGGAUUUGGUUUCAGAUUGAAAACGCCUCUGAACAGUUAUCAUUGUAUCAGUCGGAAGGAGAAAACAAUGUAUUCCACAUUGCAAAAUGACCCAAGAAUGCCAGUAUCAUCGAUGGUAUCACAUUCGGAAAACGAAACGAAGUCGCGGUAUCUGGAGGUGUUGGAUUUAUCACUCAUAAGUCCAUGA